AUGGAUACUACUGGUUUUUGGAAUGCCUAUGGCAUUAUUAUUGCUUGGCAAUCAAGUGACAGCAUUCAUCCCGCCACUGCCACUGCCACCUUCUCAACUCUCACUCCCACGGCCACAGCUACAGCUACAGCUACAACUAUAUCACAGGAAUAUUCAUCGCGCCUGUCAUCUGGAGCUAAAGCAGGGAUCGGGGUUGGUGUGGCAUUAGGAGUUAUUUUGGUCUUGCUUACGCUUAUAUUUCUCUAUAUUCGCCGGCAGAAAAGACUGAAACGCGAAGUGAGCUUACAAGAUCAAUCUAAUCUAGUGGCUAAUCCCACCGUAUUUAGAGACAACUCUGAAUUUGAACUAGCUGCAACAGGAAAAGAACAACAACAUAAGAUGAAUUCAGAUCCUGUUCACGAAAUCGAAGGUUUGACAAAGCCUCUUUCUGCCUCAUAUCAUGAGCCCUUCGAACUUGAUGGGAGGCAUAGUUGA